AGUAAUUGUGGUUAAUGUGAAUUUUUCAUAUAAAUGGUAGCUCUUAAAAUUAAUAAUUCAUUAGCAAGAUAACAUUUGCAUAGUCAGGUGCGGUCUUUAGUACAACAGCAGUAAACUUUAAACUCUAACAAACAUAAACAAAAUGACGUCCAUGAAAUUUAUUUUCGCUUUGCUAGCCAUGGCUGCGGUAGCCGUAGCUAAGCCUUCGCAUCCUUUUGCACUGCACUCAGCCAUACCGGACCACUUUGAUUUAGCUCCGCCGGUGUUGCCACCAACACACUUCCAUGCAGCUCCACCGGCUCCCGAGCCCUGGUUACCUGAACCUCAUUUCCAUGCAGCUGCACCUGUACCAGAGCCUUGGCUGCCUGCGCCUCAUCUCCAUGCCGCUGCACCGGCUCAUCUACUACCGGCUCCUGGUCAGUACCUCCCUGCUCCCGCUCCACUUUUACCAGCUCCUGCACCAAUUCUACCAGCACCUGCACCAAUUCUACCAGCUCCCGCAGCUUUCCUGCCAGCUCCUGCUCCAAUUCUUCCAGCUCCCGCUCCUCUGUUGCCAGCACCCGCACUUUUACCCGCUCCCGUAGUGCAUCAUCAUCACCAUGUCGUGCCCGCUCCUCUGCCCGUUCCAGUGCCAGUGUUGCCGCCAGCACUCGCCCCACCAGUGUUGGAGCCCGCCGCAUUUGUAGCUCCUUCAUACCGCGCCAUUCCCGGUCCGAAAACCACCACCCAUCACGUAUCCGUAGGCUAUGCUUUCCCCACAGCUCAUGUGGCUAAAAUAGUGGCGCCUCACGCUCAUGUCCACUCCGUGCCAGUGCAUUCCGCUCAUGUCCAUUCCGUGCCUGUGCAUUCGGCUAAGCUGUUGGCUCACCAUCACCACCACCACUCACUCUUCUAAUUUCCUUUGUUACAAAGAAAAAGUGAUUAAUUAGAGGCAAAAAGAUGUUGAUAUUUAA